AUGGCGGACCCAGCGUGGGGCGAGAUGUCGUCCUUGUCCGAUGAGGAGACGGCACGUGCGCUGUGUGCCUUCCACCAAACGGAGCCGCUACCGACCCAGCGCCGUCGGUCACCCCAGCAAGAGCAGCAACACGCCGGGCGUCUGUAUCAUCCGGGCCGUAUUAACCACGACGCUCGAGCCUUUAACGGUAUCUCCACCUUCGGUUACCCGGUUCAUACCACACACCACAAUGUCAACGUAUCUAUGCAGCGCAAUGAGGCAACGUCAGUGCUUGUGGGGAUGCCCUCAACGUCGAGCGACGAUUGGCACAGACAACAGCAGCGAGCAAUUCAGGAACAGAUCGAGCAGCAACAGCGUGAACUACAGGCGCAGCUACAUCAGCAACAACAGAGGGAAAUGCAUCUACAAGCUCAGAGGAUGCAGACUCAGAUCCAGCAACAGGAACAUGCUCAAAGGCAGCAGAUGGAGAGCAUCCGGCAGCGUCAUUUGCUCGGGGUCGGUGGAUUCGAGCAGGCGAGGUGGAGUGAUGAGGUGUAUACGUCCGAGGCUGCAAAAUAUGCGUCUAACUCUUACAAUGGCCGGAGGCAGGAACAGAGGCAGCAGCCUGGCCAGGCUUACAAUGGGAUCUAUGGACAAUUGUCUGCCAGACCAUCGACAGCUUUGACGCCAACGCCUUCUUUUGGGUCAGGUUACGAUGGCAGGUUACAAGUAGGGAUGCUGAUGAGCAGAGGUGAAACUGCAUUUGCUGCGCAACAGGUUCCUCAGUCAACACAAUCACAUUUGCAGGCUCGAAAUCCCGGUUUGUUUUUGAUGAGUAGACAUGAAUGGGGAAGACAUGACCCGAUGCUGUUUAAUGGAGGUGAGGCGGAUAGGACCCCGCAGAGAACUCAGCAAUUGCUGCUUCUGCAGCCUCGGCCGUAUGGCCCCAUCGGAUGUUCAGAGCGUAUUCGUCAAGAGCCAGAACCGAGGAACGAUGGCUCUUCAGCUGGUGCUGCUGCUAUCUCAACUGGUGCUACGUAUGACUCGAAUACCAGAUAUGCUGGAACGCGCAACGUCAAGCCAAAGUUCAACCCAAGCGUGGAUCAGACUCGAAUUCAAUCUCCUGUAGGAUUGCAGGCGCAGGGACAGCUCAACUAUCAAUCGAAGGUGCCAGUCCCACCCACUGGAACUGCGGUGGUUCCAGGAACUGCGCUUGCAUCGCAAUCGAUGCGUCUCUUAUGUAUGCGAGACCUUCUCAACGGAGACGAUGGAUGUGCCAGGAUAUAUUCCUCGAGGAAUCGACCACGAGGAGGCAAACAGAAACGAGCUCCUCCUUAUCGCAAGAUGCCGAAGAAAAAGACGGCAAGCAAGCGCCAAGGAACGCCACUGCUACAAAACGAGAGGAAACUUCAUUCACCACCAGGUAACAGGCUUGCAGGAGAGGUCCAAUCAAGGCAAGGUGCAGGUCCAGCGCCCAUUGGGUCGUCUGGACCAGUCAAUAAGAUACCCACACCGAUGUAUCUAGCAUUUAUGGAGUCUCGAGCCGCUCGGGCGUUAGAGCAGACGGUUGGUAACACGAUUUCGAGACCAACCACGGCACUGCCGCCCACGUCCGCCUCCCAAUCGGCAACCAGCUCUGCCAGCCGAGGCAGUGAUCAGGGUGUUGUUUCUACCGCUGGAGGGCUAACAACAGGCAACAGGAAGAAACUGGAGAAUCCGACGCUAGGAAUAUGUCAUUCCUCUAGCACAUUCCAGGCUUACCAUCUGCAUGUCGUGAGCACUAGUGCGGUGCUGCAGGCGGCAGCAGACGUGGAAGCGGCCACAUGUCCCCAGCCACAUACCCGCGAAGUUGUUCAAAUGAGAAGAGAACACCAUGCGCUCGUUAAUGGCCACGUCAAUGGUGGGAAUGGACUUUCUUCAGCACCUAGCAUAUUUGAGCGCAGCAUUCCAGUGGGGGGAAUUAAGAGCGGUAGAGAUGGUGCUUCGUCAAGGAAGAGGACCAGAGCGAAGUUACCUACAGCGGGUUUGAAGCUGUCGACUGAUCAACAACAAGCACCAACCACACGAGCGUCGAAUGAGGAUCUCUCCACGGAGUCGGGACCAAAAGCUGCAAAUGUUACUUCGGUGCAGACACCUGCUGCAUUUGCUAUUCCACGAGCAGAGAAUAGAACGGUGGUUAUUUUUUGUAAGCGGGACUUCAUGCGCUACCAGGCUGCUAAGGUUUGGCGCAAAUACCAGGGGCAGCUCAAGAAACACGAGGAAUGGCGUGAAGUUCGCGUUGCAGGUAAGCGCACGCGAUAUAUGAACUCGCGUUAUGAUGAACUACAACGGACACACAAAAGAACCUACACGCGAUCUGGUAAACCGCGUAGAAAAGCACUACAGACGGCUAAGGGGGAUCGUCGUCGCAAGACUUUGCUAUCAUCAGCAGAUUCGGCUUGGGCGGAAUCGACCUUAUCGUCUUCGAUGUCAGUUGAUAAUGAGAUUGAUUCUGGGCAGACCGCUAACGAGAAGUCAGCUGAUUCUGGGGCUUCUUUCAUUAUUGGUGAUGCACAUUCGUCAAUUGCAAAUGCUCGCGUAGCUAACAACGUCCGUCUCGUGACUGUACGCGACCCAUCUGAAGCACAAGAAAAGCAGCUGCCAUCGAUUGAAGACGGAACUAGAAAUGCAGUGAAGUCAAGUGAAAUCAAUGAUUCAAGAAAUGGUGUAGUGGUCAGCUCAAGGACUCAUAGAGGACUCGAUAUUACCGACGUUGUUGCGAAUAGCGAUGCUGUUGCUAACGCACCGAAAUGUGGUACUUCGGAGGUCACCUUACUACCUGAUGAAUCACGUGGAAAGGCGGACGGCUCCGUCGCAUUUGUACCAAGUAAGGUAUGCAUCGAGGCCACCGAAGCAACACCCGGUAGCUCUAGCACCACCGCUGAUACUAAUCCUGAUGCCAAUGCGUCUUCCAACGGAAGUGCUGCUCCUGGAUCGGUAUAUAGCUGCGCAUUCGAAGCCACUAUCUCGCGUAUCGAUACUAUCGACGUUGCUGAUGCAGGGCCUACUGGUACUGGUGAAGGUAUCAGUAUGACACCUGACAGUAAAAUUGUCGCGAAAGCUGCGAAAUCUGUUGAGAUUGUCGCCGCCAACACAGCAUCCCUAAUUAAUAUGGACUCUAGCACGAAGAUGAGUGAAGACGCUGAAAGAUAUACAUGGAACAGCAAAGCCCCUGGUUGUGGCGAACAAAGCUACCUGUCGUCGGCCGCCAAAGUGGUAUCUAAACUGCAGCAGGAUAUUAUGGACGACACGUACUCGUGUACAGAUUCUGCUACUCAGGAUGGGACACCUCCGGGACAGCAAACCGACGCAGCCGCAGUGACACCGAUUGAAGACGUCAGUGUUGGCCAGGACAAGUCGGCAUCUUCUGAUGGAGCGACUCGAAACACCGACGCGAUACUUGAUGGAUCUUCAGGCGACAUUCGGCCUUCUAGUAAUACUCUGUUGGACAGGCCCACGGGCAACGCAGAUCCAGCUGCGCUAACUCCAGUUCCAGACACAACCUGCACCGAUUUUUAG